GGCACAUUGAUAGUGUAUUGUUUACUCUAGUCAGGCGAGAGGCAUGGAUGUGUGUGUGAUUGUUUUUCUGUAAGUUGCAUUGUUUGUAAAUUCGACCUACAAAUAUGGAUGAACUGAACAGAACACUGCUGGACCUGUCAGAAGAUGAUAUGCGAAGGUUGGAGCACUUACGGAUGCAUCAGCAGCAUAAAGGCCAUGAAGCCAUGCAUGCUGAAAUGAUCCUUAUACUGGCUGUAACACUAGUUGUAGCCCAAGUAGCAUUGGUUGAGUGGAAGAAACGUCAUUUUCGUUCCUAUCAGUUUAUUACUUUGCUGGCAUUGUGGAUAAUUCCACAGGUCAUGUCACUACAAAAUCGAUGGUGGCGCUUCAUUUUCUUUUGGCUACUUUUUUCCUGUAUAACAGGAUUUAUUGUUCGAAAAGCUAUGCAAAAACCAAUACUGGGAACAACCCCAAGGUUGGUGUACAAAUGGUUUUACUUUCUAUACAAACUUAGCUAUGCUCUCGGAAUAAUAGGAUAUGCCAUUAUGAUGGCAACUUUCUUUGGCCUGAAUAUGGUUUUUGAAGUUAAACCUCAUGUGUGGAUGGAUGUAGGAUUAAUUUUUGUCUUUUAUGGCCUCUAUUAUGGAGUCUUGGGAAGAGAUAUUGCUGAAAUAUGUGCUGACAAAAUGGCAUCACAUAUUGGGUAUUACCGGGCAGAUGGCAUCCCUACGAGGCAUCUAGAAAGAGGUGUUUGCGCUGUGUGUGGCAAUCACAUACAAGCAAAGGAAAAUGAGGAAGGAUUAAUUGAAAACACUUACAAACUAUCCUGUGAUCAUUUAUUCCAUGAAUUUUGCAUCCGUGGAUGGUGCAUUGUGGGUAAGAAACAGACUUGCCCAUAUUGUAAGGAGAAGGUAGACUUAAAGAGGAUGUUCUGUAACCCAUGGGAAAGACCCCAUGUUCUCUAUGGACAGCUACUCGACUGGCUGAGAUGGCUGGUUGCAUGGCAACCACUAAUUUUGUUCCUUGUGCAGGGGAUCAAUUGGACGUUGGGACUUGAGUGAUUGCAUAUUUUGCAUGUUGUUUUAUUUGUUUCAUUACAAAUUGUCCAUUGUAAUAGAUUUGUUUUGUGUAUGAUGUGAUAGUGCUGUUUCUUGGAAGUUCUGUCCAAUUUCCAUGAUCUUCCAAGGUUGCGUUUCCCCAUUUAUUACUUUGUGCCUAAGGACAUGUACGAAUGUGUACAAUGGGAAAUUUUGAGCAGUGUGCUAUAAACAUCUAUUUUUUACAUACCAGUACCAAUGAAAUCUACAAAUAGUACUUCAUGAGUGAGAGGGCACAGAGAGAGAGAGAGAGAGAGAGAGAGAGAGAGAGAGAGAGUCUGUAAUUGUUUUAGUUUUAAUUUGCCCAUUUUAUGCUCAUCUUUUUUGUACACACUGUCUUUCAGUGGUUCAGAUUCCAUGUGUAUAUGCAACAUAUGAGAUGCUGAAAGUUUUAUGUUGUUUACCAUUAAUUAUUGACUUCUGAUUCCAUUGUAAACUAUUAAAUAUAGAUGCUUUAUAAGAACCUGUAAUAAAGAAGUGUAUGACAGUCUGAAUAAUUUGGAUGAAUUCAGCAUUUUCAUAAGUGGAAUGCACUUUCGUCAUGUGGGAAAAUGGAAAAAAAAUUGAGAUUAUAUAAUAAAGUUUUUCCUCUUUAGUGGGCAGCUACCAGUAUAGGAGAGAAUUGGGAAAGGGAACAGUCAAAUGAUUGUGAAAACAUUUUUAAAUGAAAUGUGCUUUGAAUCAGUUAUUACGAUACUUCGUUUACACUGACUUAACAAAUAUUGUUGAUGUUAAUCUAUACUUAUCUUUAUAUACAGACUGCUGAAAUAAAAAGACUUCUAGUCAGAUUUUCAAAGAUCACUUUUUUAUAUAUCUUCUGCACCCAUACAUUAAAUUAAUUGUAACACUGCUCAGAUACCAAAAAUUUGGUAACUAUUUUCCUUGUAGUUACAUGAAUAAUAACUCACAAAAAUAAACGUAAAAUUUGUGCAGAAGGAAGAAUAUGAAACUACCAUCGAAUACAUGAUACAAAAAAAAGCAUCAUAUCUGUGGUCAGCAGAAAACUGGCUGCUGUAAUAAAAAGAAAUAAUUCUGAUAAAUUUUUUCACAAAUCUGGUCACUAGGUCUCCAAAAUUUUUGUGAAAACUGGAAGCUUAAGUAUGUAAACACACAUUAAAGAAUAUAAAAACAUGUUUCAAACAUUAGCAUAAAACUUUUGUUCCACUACGUACUGCCUCUCCCCUUAUUUAUUGUUUGUCUACCCCUCUUCCAAACUGUUGUUUGUCCUAUUGUCCCAUCCCCCCAUCUGUUGUUUAUUCCCGUCUCCUCUCUCUCUCUCUCUCUCUCUCUCUCUCUCUCUCUCUCUCUCUCUCUCUCUCUC